AAUUAACAUAUUCUAGUACCCUUACUAGGAUCCGUUAAUUAAGAGAGAAGAUUCUAAAGCGAAUAUAGUUGCAUCUCGUUAAAAUUUUCUUGUGGUUGUAAAUAAACAAUUUUUUGAAAAAAGGAUAAAUAAUAGUGCGAAAAUCGUGUUUCGGAGUGGGGAUAAAACAGGUGUCGUGCCUCGUUGUAAAUAAAUAUAAAGAUCAAGAUAUGGAAUACUGCCCUUACGAUGGUCGUGGUUACGUCAUCGGAAAUUGCAGUUGUUGAGGAUUUUUCAAAGGAUACUCUUGGCAGGUUGCGUAUUCGGUACGUGAUGCCAGCGGCGCAUCUAACGCUACGUGAGGAGGACGUAGUGCGACUUACAUUAGAGUUCUUGCACGGCCGAGACCUUCACAUUUCCCAAUUAUCCUUGGAACGUGAGACCGGUGUGAUAAAUGGCCAGUACAGCGACGAUGUUCUCUUUCUUCGUCAACUCAUUCUCGAUGGUCAAUGGGAUGAUGUAUUGGAGUUCAUUCAACCGUUGGAAGCGUUACCCGAUUUUGAUAUGAGGAAAUUCACUUACUCAAUAAUGAGACACAAAUACGUUGAAUUGCUUUGCAUUAAAUCGGAGGCGAAUGUCAUUGUCACUGGCACUAAUGGAAAUGUCGAUAAUGCUGUCGAGGAAGUUGUCAAAGUACUCAGUGAUCUUGAAAAGGUUGCACCAACGAAAGAAGAAUACAGUAGUUUAUGUUUACUUUUAACAUUACCUCGUCUCACCGAUCAUUUACAAUAUAAAGACUGGAAUCCAAGUAAUGCACGAGUGCAAUGCUUUCGUGAGGUGCAUCCACUUGUGGAGAAAUUUCUUCCUGGCGAUAGAAAAAGUUCUGAUCCCAGUCAUCCGGUGACGUCGGCGAAAAAUGAUAGGUUAAUUCAAUUGAUCAUUAAAGGAAUUCUUUAUGAAUCGUGCGUCAAUUAUUGUCAGGCGAAAGCCACUGGAUCCAAAGAAAGCGAACAGAUCGAAAUGAGUUUUUCGAGGCUGCUUGAUGGUUCUGUGGGAUUCAGCGAUUCGGACCUUAGUUUAUUAUCCUGGUUGCAGAGCAUUCCCUCUGAUACGUUUGCUGUUCCAUUUGCUCAACGAACAUUGAACGUUGAUGUGGAGCGUUUAGAGAGACCUUCGUUAGAGACCUCAUGGACUGAACAUAUGUUAAUUACGCCAAUUAAACCAAAAACUUUUCCUCAUAGUGCAAUGCCCUUUACGAGACCAAGAUCAGCCGCUGACAUGAUGUCAAGGAGUUUAGUUCCCGCAUUGGAAGCAGGUCUGGGACCAAGAAGUCCUGGUCCAAGGAGCACAAUGAUUCCUUCGGCUGCUUUAAUGGCAUUAUCAACUGGUGACAUCAAUCCAAUGUCUAGAUCGUCAUUUGCAAGUUUUCAUCUCACUGGAUUUAAAAAUAAUAAGCUAAUGAACACCAGCGUUGAUCGUUUAUUUGAAAAUGAAAGCGAUGUCUUUCUCAGUUCGAGUUAUGCUGAAUUUCAACAAUUACCCUCAAUUCAGGAGGCUAUCAAUGCAGCACAACCAAAGGCGACGCAACUUCGAACUCGAGCUAGCUCGAAAAGCCCGGAUGGUGGAAAAAUAAAUCCAUCAGCAGCGUCGACACCUGAACGAAGAAUGCCUGGCAGAGAGUCACCUGCUUUAUCGACUGCCAGGAGUUCUAGGAGGGAUUCCUUAACUGAUAAACCUGUAGGUAUUCCAACCAAAGUUUCUGAACCUGUAAUUAAUCAUCCGGUAUCGUCUGUGGAAAAUUUAGAGCAAAGUUAUAAUGGCGAUCUCUUUAAAGAAUAUCAAAAACAAAAGCAGAAACUUCAAGAAACAAUACAGCAGAAGGAGAGGGAGAGAGAUGAACUUGUUAGACAAUUAUCUGCACCUGUUGCUUCUCAAGUCAUAGACAAUCGAUUACAUAGUGAAAGCAUAAAACAACCCCUAGGAAAUAAAGGACCAUCACCUGUGCAUACCGGCACGCCAGCUAGAUCCGGUAUUCAGUCACCCAAACCAACAAUCAAUGGAUCAGACUCAGUCACGAAGCAGAAUUCGCCCUCUUCAAACAUUUACGACUCCAGAAUUUCAGAAGGACACUACGAUAUCGUAAAACCAGUGAAGCAAGAGCCAAGACAGGAUUUGGACAUAAGCAACGGAAGUAGCAAUGGGGGUCGACCUAGAUUUAUCCCGAUUACUGCUCUGGAAGAUGUUCAAGCCGUUCGUUGUGCAGAAUUUCAUCCCCAUGGGAAACUCUACGCAGUUGGAUCAAAUUCAAAAACCCUUAGAAUAUGCGCCUAUCCAAAACUCAACGAUGUUCGUGAAGAUCAUCAGACCUACCAACCAACGGUUCUGUUUAAAAGAACAAAACAUCAUAAAGGCUCGAUUUAUUGUUUGGCUUGGACUCCCGAUGGUCAUCUGAUGGCAACCGGAAGUAAUGACAAAACAGUGAAAUUAAUGCGUUUUAAUGCUGAUACAUCAAAUCUAGAAGGUCAAGAAGUGGAGUUAACAAUGCAUGAUGGAACAGUUCGUGACCUCUGCUUUCUUGAAGAUACCUCAAACAAAUCUAGUCUCCUUAUCAGUGGAGGGGCUGGUGAUUGUAAGAUUUAUGUGACUGAUUGUGCAACGGGAACACCAUUCCAGGCUCUGAGUGGUCACAGUGGACACGUUUUGUCUCUUUACAAUUGGGGAGGUGCAAUGUUUGUCAGUGGAGCACAGGAUAAAACAGUGAGAUUCUGGGAUCUUAGAACGAGGGGCUGUGUUAAUAUGGUUACACCUGCAACUGUACCUGGCAGCAAGGUUGGGAGUGCAGUGGCUGCAGUUUGUGUGGAUCCUUCUGGACGGCUUUUAGUCUCAGGCCAUGAGGACAGCAGUUGCGUUCUUUUUGAUAUUCGCGGUGGUAGAACAGUGCAGUGCUUCAAACCUCAUUCCUCGGAUAUCAGAAGUAUACGCUUCUCACCUUCGGCCUAUUAUCUUCUCACUGGAGGAUAUGAUAAUAAACUUGUCCUAACGGAUCUACAGGGUGACUUAACGAUGCCACUACCGAGUGUCGUUGUUGCUCAACAUCAGGACAAAGUGAUUUCUGGACGUUGGCACCCAACCGAAUUCUCAUUCCUAAGCACUUCCGCAGAUAAAACGGCAACUCUUUGGGCUUUGCCACCAAUUUAGAUCAAACUCUCCCCAUCGAGAUUUUAAUUGCUUUCAAAAACUUUCCUUAUUUAUUGUUUUUCAUUCUAGUUUAAGAAUCGUUCCAAGGGUCGCUUUUUAAAAGAAAAAUUCAUUCAUCAGCUAAACAAAUUCAUUGCAAUUAAUUUCACGAUACAUUGCAUAAACAGAAAUUUUCAUUUUUGAAAACAAAUACUCGUUAUUCCAAAAAUAUAUUAUAAAAAUAAUUUUCGUACUUUCCUUGAAUGAUAAUAAUGACACUUAAUUUUUAUAAUUAUAAAUUGUUUAUUUAUUUUAUAAUUGUUUUUUAUGUACAUUUUUCAAAACAAAAAAAAAAUCGAUCCUUGCAUAUUACAUCCUUGAGAAACUGAUUAAUCUCUGAUAAUCGAGCGUUAUGAUCAUAAUCAAGAAAGUACAUUUAUAUUUUUUUAAAUUUACUUCAAUUGAUUUUAAUAAAUGCCUUUAAUGUAGAUUAAUUCACUUCGUUAACCGUUUUUAAUAUUGUAUCUCUCAACAUCGUUCAAAACGAAAGAAAAAUAAUGAAGUGUUGAAUUCUACUUGUAAAAAACAAAAUAUUAAAAAGGCCAUCGACGUAUCUCGUGAUGAAAAUUUUCUAAAUACAAUCGAGAAAUGUUUUGUGCCUCAAAUGGCAGGGACCGAAUACAUUAAAAAGAAAAUACUUAAUUGGCUAAAUAAUUAUAUUUUUACGUGUCUUUUAAACACGGAGCGAUAUGUACUUGUGUCUUGAGAUUCUAUUCUUUUUUUUAUUUAAGGUAAAAUUUGUCUUGAUUGUGCAUUGUAAAUAUGUUAAAUGUGAAAUGAUUCAAAAAAGUCCAAUCAUGACAAAAAACAUUUAAAUAUAAAUACAUAAAUAUUCUGUCGCUCUCUGUUAUUUGCCUUCAAUUUUUCAAAUUAAUUUUUCUGUCAAAUCUCCAUAAUAAACGUUUUAAUUAUCGUAUUAAUAGUGUUCAUUCGGAAAUAAUACUUUCGCUAUAAUAUUUUCUAUCGACGAUUAGAUUAUUUCCGUAAUUGUAUAGAAAAUUCAUUGAAUUUUUUUUUGUCAAUAACCUUUUGUUUUCGUUAUCAAUAUUACUUGACAAUGAUUCAAUUCGAAUAAUUUUCAUAAUAGAAAUAACGUGUCGUGGAGAUUCAAGUCGUGCAGAAACAUUUUCCCUUCCAAGACUCUCCACGUUUAUACAUUCACCAAUUUUACGAGUCACGCCAAAUAUCUAUUAAAUAUGCAUAGAAAUUAUUUAUAUAUUGUAGGUAGUACGCAUAGAUUCAAAAGCUAACGUACAUGAAAAUUCAUUAACAUACAUCGCACACGCCGUGAUAAUCUAUUGUUAUUGUAACUUUAUGAAAAAAAAAUUCAAUUUUUUUAAAAAAGAAAAAAAUUACAACUUAACAUGCUUGAUUUUAAAAAGUAAAAAGAGUCCGAAAAAUUGUUGUUUAAUUUGUUUUUUU